AUGCCACCCCUCGCCGGCUUCACAGACAACCCCUGGCUUACACGGGCCGACUUCAUAACCGGCACAACCGCGCUGCUCAAGCCCCUCCACCAAUUCUUCUCGCCCUCCAACGCCCGCAUCCGACUACCGCCCGCGACAGGCACGCACUUUGACGAGACGGCAGCCCAGCUCGAGGGUUUCGCGCGCCCGCUAUGGGCCGUCGCCGCCCUCCUGCUGGGCAGCAGCAGCAGCAGCAGCAGCAGCCACACAAAUCCGACCGAGGCCCCCGCGGAUCUCGACUCGCUGCUGCGGCCGUGGAUCGCCGGCCUCGCCGCCGGCACGGACCCGGAGCACGCCGAGUACUGGGGCGCCAUCUCGCCGACGGACCAGCGGAUGGUCGAGGCUGAGAUCGUCAGCUUCGCGCUGCUGGCCGCGCCCGAGGACCGGCUGUACGGGGCGCUGGACGCGCGCGCGCGGGCCAACGUCGCGCGCUGGCUGCGCGGCAUGGUCGGGAAGCCCAUGCCGCUCAACAACUGGCGCUGGUUCCGCGUGCUGUCGGAGCUGGCGCUCCUCAAGGUCUGCGGCGUCGUCGGCGACGAGGCGGAGCUGCUCCGCGCCGAGAUGCAGGCCGACCUGGCCGUGCUGGAUGGCUUCUACCUCGGCGGCGGCUGGACCGCCGACGGGCCCUGGCUGCCUGCCGGAGCGGAGCGCGAGCGCAGGGGCGGGCGCAGGAGGGUCGAUGAGCAGGUCGGUGCCGGCAGGCAGGUGGAUUACUACUCGGGUAGCUUUGCCAUCCAGUUCAGCCAGCUGCUCUAUGUGAAGUUCGCGGCGGAUCUCGACCCGGAGAGGGCAGAGAUGUAUAGGCGGCAGGCGCGGGACUUUGGGAGGGAGUUUUGGCGGUACUUUGACGCCGAUGGUGCGGCGAUCCCCUUUGGAAGGUCCCUGACGUACCGGUUCGCGUGCGGUGGCUUCUUUGCCGCCCUCGCACUCGCCGACGUCCCCGACAUGCCUGCACCGCUCGACAGCCCAGGCGCCAUCAAGGGAUUCCUGCUCAGGCACCUGAGGUGGUGGUCCCGGAAUUCCGCAGACAUUUUCGACUCGACGGGGACGUUGAAUAUCGGCUGGCUGUAUCCCAACGCCUUCAUGUGCGAGGACUACAACUCCCCCCAGUCGCCGUACUGGGCGCUCAAGACCCUGAUUGCCGUCGCCCUCCCCUCCUCGGAUCCGUUUUGGCUUGCCGACGAGGCCGCCUUCCCGUCGGAAAUGGUCACGCGGCAGCCCGUGCAGGCGAUCCCGGCCCCCGGGCAGAUCCUGUGCAACCACCACGGGGGAAACCACCACUUCCUUCUGUCGGCGGCGCAGUUCGUCGCGUGGCCCAUGAAAGCCACGCAGGCCAAGUACUGCAAGUUUGCCUACUCCUCGGCGUUUGCCUUUUCGGUCCCCACGGGCCCGCUGAUCCAGCAGCUCGCGCCCGACAGCUGCCUGGCGCUGAGCAGGGAUGCCGGGGAGAGCUGGGCGGUCAAGUGGCGGUGGUGCAGCGAGGGGGAGCUGGUGAAGGGGGUGGUGGAGAGCACGGGGGCCGGGCGGGAUGAGGAGGUCGUGGCUGCGACGGUGGAGUGGUGGCCCUGGGGGGACCUGUGCGUCAGGGUCAGGACGACGCUGGUGCCGCCGACGGGAAGGUGGCCCGACUGGCACGUCAGGGUGCACGAGGUGUUUGUGGACGAUGCGGGCUUGCUCCGGGACGGGUUGAGGACCGUCGAGGGUGGGUUCGCCAUCGGGAACAGGAGAGCGAAUGACGGCAAACACGUCCCUGAUCUGGAGAAGCUGGGCCGUGACGCCGAGCUCGGGACCGCCGAAGGGAUCCUCCGGGUCCAGGAUGGAGUCUUGGUGCUUGCCGGCGCAGGGGCCAGUGGGAUCCGGACCGAGACGCUGCUGAGCGGGAACAGGACGAGAUGCUACCCGCUCAAGCCCGACUCCAACACGAACCUGGCGUGCCAGCGGACCAUGAUCCCAGUGGUGGACCACGACAUUGACGUCGAAGUCGAGGCGUCAGCAAGCCGGGAAUCCGUCGCCGUAUUGGUCACCAAGGUGUUUGCCAUCUCCUCAAAGGCGAACGGUGGAAGGAAGCUAACGGGCAAGUCGUUGAAUGAGAGAUGGGAGGAUGUACCGGAGUGGUCUGGCAUGAAGUUCGAAAAGAUGAAUCAGACGUUACUGAAGGGCCUAGUUCCCUGCAUGGACGGCCAAUUGGCGUUGGCUGCGUAG